GAAAAACUUUUAAUAAGUUUGAAAAGGGUGCAAUUUUUCUUUAUACUGGUGCUCUUGGUUUUUAUAAAAUUACUAAUUCCAUAAAGCUUUCACAAGAUGGGACUUUUAUCGUUGCUGAGAAAACUGAGAUCUUCCCCUGAUAAGGAACUUCGAAUCCUGCUCCUGGGUCUGGAUAAUGCCGGGAAAACUACCCUUCUCAAACGCUUGGCGAAUGAGCAAAUCAAUCACAUUACCCCAACAGCGGGAUUCAACAUAAAAACCGUGGCGGCAGAUGGUUACAAAUUAAAUGUUUGGGAUAUUGGAGGGCAGAGCAAAAUAAGACCUUACUGGAAGAAUUAUUUCGAGAAUACAGACGUUUUGAUUUACGUUGUAGACUGCACAGAUCGGAAGAGAUUGAAGGAAACCGGAGAAGAAUUGACUGAAUUACUGGCUGAUGAGAAACUCAAGGGAGUCCCUUUGUUGGUUUUUGCCAACAAGCAAGAUGUUUCGAGUUGCCUGAAGACAGCCGAAAUUGCUGAAUCAAUGGGGCUUGUUAGCCUAAAAGGACGCUCAUGGCAAAUACAGGGUUGUUCUGGGCUUCAGGGUACGGGGAUUCAGGAGGGAAUGGAUUGGAUUUGUCAGACCAUUAAGAAUAAAUAGUCUAUCGCGUAUACACUGUCAUUUAUUGCUUAAUUUUAUUUUGCAUCUUUGCCCUAUCUAUAUUAAUUAGAAGAGAAGAACAUUUCUGUCGCAAACUGUAUGGUCAAAAAAAUAAUUU